AUGUUCGGCUUGUGGGACGUCCCGUUUAACACGUUCUGCAACCAAGUAACCAGCAGCAAAGAUUCAUCGUCCAAAAUCGUGGCAGAUCUGCAAUCUAAGUUCUCCGAAGUGAUCACCAGUCGUAUGGGUCUGUGCACCAAGACCAAAGUGCAGUUGUCACUCCGUGGAAAUCCAAAACCAGUGUUCCGUGGUAAACGUCCCGUAUUCUACAGCAUGGAAGGUGUUGUUGAGGAUGAAAUCCAGCGCUUAGUCAAUCUCGGCGUCUUGCAACCGGUCGAUUUUUCGGACUGGGCCGCGCCGAUUGUGGUCGUCCGCAAACCAAACGGUACCGUUCGCAUCUGUGCCGACUUCUCCACAGGACUCAACAGUGUGCUGGAAGCAAAUCAAAAUCCACUUCCUCUGCCAGAGGAUAUAUUCACCAGCAUGUCCGGUUGUCGAUUUUUCACUCACAUCGACCUCUCGGACGCCUAUCUCCAGGUCCAGGUGGACGAAAAUAGCCAGCAUCUCCUCACCAUAAACACCCACAAAGGUUUGUUCCGCUUCACACGACUGUCUCCGGGUAUCAAAUCUGCCCCGGGAGCAUUCCAGCAGAUAGUAGAUGCCAUGCUAAGCGGACUUCAGUGCACUCGUGGCUACUUGGAUGAUCUUCUGGUUGGAGGAAAAUCGGAAGACGAACUGAACCGGAACGUACACCAGGUUCUAAGCCGACUCCAGGACUAUGGUUUCACGGUACGCAUUGAAAAGUGCCGGUUCAAUAUGCGACAAAUCAAAUAUCUGGGACAGAUCCUCGACACCGAUGGUAUUCGGCCCGACCCGGAUAAGGUUUCCGUCAUUGCAGCAAUGCCAGCACCGCACGACGUACCGACACUCCGCUCAUACCUGGGGGCGGUAAAUUAUUACUCCAAGUACAUCCCCGAAAUGCGCCAGCUGAGAUUUCCCAUGGACCAACUUCUGAAAACAAGAGUCAAGUGGGAGUGGAGUGGCGCGUGUCAACAAGCGUUCGACCGAUUUAAAAAGCUUCUACAAUCGCCGCUCGCUCUCACCCACUACGACCCGAAGCAGGAAAUAAUAGUCUCGGCCGACGCAUCAUCAGUGGGCAUUGGUGCACGAAUCGCUCACCGUUUCCCCGACGGGACUAUUAAAGCUGUUUGUCACGCUUCCCGCAGUUUGACCCCGGCUGAAACCAAUUACAGCCAGAUCGAAAAAGAGGGUCUAGCUUUGAUUUUCGCCGUGACACGCUUUCAUCGAAUGCUGUUUUGGAGGCACUUUACUCUCGAGACGGAUCACAAACCACUGUUGGCCAUCUUCGGAUCCAAAAAAGGAAUCCCUAUCUACACAGCCAACAGACUGCAGAGGUGGGCGUUGACAUUGUUGUUGUACGACUUCACCAUACAGUACGUUUCGACUGAUAGCUUCGGGCAUGCAGACGUUUUGUCUCGGUUGAUCAACACACACAUUCGACCAGACGAAGAGUUUGUUAUUGCGUCAAUUGAGCUGGAGAAGACCAUCCAUUCCGUCGUUCAACAAUCUUUGGAGGUGUUACCGUUGACUUUCAAGGCUAUUCAAGCGGAAACACAAUCCGAUCCGAUACUCAAGCAAGUUCUACGUUUCGUCCAGCAGGGCUGGCCGAAAAGCAAAUCGGAUCUCAGCGACACACAACUCCAGCAAUUCUACUUGCGUCGCGAUGGUCUGUCUUCUUCUUCGGGGUGCCUGACCUAUGGAGAAAGAUUAGUUAUUCCAGCAAAAUUCCACAAGAAAAUUCUCCCCCUGCUGUCUUCUUCUUCGGGGUGCCUGACCUAUGGAGAAAGAUUAGUUAUUCCAGCAAAAUUCCACAAGAAAAUUCUCCACCAGCUGCACAAAGGCCACCCAGGUGUGGAUCGAAUGCGUUCGAUCUCCAGAAACUACGUGUAUUGGCCUGGUAUCGACGACAGCAUCGCUUAA